AUCCAGUUCAACGAUAGGCACGGGACUGUCUGACUAGAGAGCACAGGAGUCAAGGUUUCCAUAACAUAUAAAACGUUAGGAUUUAGUUUCAGUGGCUACUCUACAAACUGCUGCUCUCUCCUUUCCUCUCCACAGCCAAGGUAUUGGUCUUUUAGUUCUUUAUCAUGUUAUUCAAAGCUAAGAGGAGACCUCCUCUUCCUCCUCGUUCCUCGUCCUCCUCUGAUCAAAGCUAAACCAGGUCAAUAUGACAGUAAUGGCUUGAUCCUGCCAAGCUAAACACAGUCUGAUCUUUGGUUGUAUUUGCUAGUCUGUUACUGGAUUCUCUCCACACACACACACACACACACACGGUAUAUGUUGUCGCCGUGGGAACACAACUGGACUGACGUUACCGCUAACAACAGGACUCUCCAAACCUCCCCUCUGUCCCUAGAGAGAUACCCUCCUGUCCAGGGACAGGGUUGAAACACAAUGAAUGUUUACCGAACAUCAGAGAAGGAGAUCAUCUCAGGGCUGUCUUACAGGAAAAGAAGUGACAGUCUUACAUGGAAUUGUGAAUCUAAUGCCGCCAUGGAGAUGAAUCCAGAGGGUCUACCGUCCCUGCACUACAGAGAAGAGGACCCCCCUCCCAACAAAUACCUCAAGUACCACACCAGCCUGCAGAACAUGAUCCCAUUCCGCUUCUCAAACAGGUCCAACCCCAUGGACGAUGCGGGCUUCUUCUCCUUCGCCUCGUUUGCCUGGAUGACUCCCAUGAUGUGGAGCCUGUUCAGGAACCGUCUGGACAAGAGCUCCCUGUCUCUGUCUUCUCAUGAUGGGGCCGACACCAAUGGGAAAAGGUUUGAGAGGCUUUGGGAGGAGGAAGUAGCUAAAGUGGGACUAGAGAAAGCUUCUUUAGGCGGAGUCUUCAUGCGUUUCCAAAGGACCAGAUUACUGGUGGCCUUCCUCGUCUCCAUCUUCUUCACGCUUUCUGUAUUUAUUGGACCGGCUGUUCUGGUGUAUGAGAUCCUGAACUACGCAGAAGCUCCUGGGACGUCUACGCUGGUCCACGGCGUGGGUCUGUGUGUGGCUCUGUUCGUCUCAGAGUUCUCUAAAGCCUUCUUUGCCUCUCUACUGUGGGCUGUUAACCUGAGGACAGCCAUCAGGGUGAAGAGUAGCUUCUCUAUAAUCGCUUUCCAGAAGAUCAUCUCGCUGAGAUCCAUCAGCAACAUCUCUGUGGGAGAGAUGAUCAACGUGCUAACCAGUGAUGGCUACAGGAUGUUUGAGGCUGUGUUGUUCGGUACCUUCCUGCUGUGUAUCCCUGUGCUGCUGACCGUCUGUAUCAUCUACGCCUGCUACACCCUGGGAUACACUGCCCUCAUAGGAGUCUCUGUCUACCUCAUCUUCAUCCCCGUACAGUUUACCAUAGCCAGACUGAUCCAAAGGUUCCGGAGGAAAGCGGUGAGGGUCACAGACACUCGUGUCCGCACCAUGAACGAGGUUCUCACCUGCAUCAAACUCAUCAAGAUGUACGCCUGGGAAACGUCUUUCGAGAAGAAGAUCACCGACAUCAGGAAGAAGGAGAAGCAGCUUCUGGAGUUGGCUGGCUACACCCAGAGUAUCAACUCCUCCAUCACAACCAUCAUCCCCACCCUGGCAACCAUCCUCACCUUCGUAGUCCACACCCUGCUGGGCCUGCCCCUCGGCUCCGCCGAAGCUUUUACCAUCAUCGCCAUCUUUAACUCCAUGCGGUUCUCCCUGGGUUUGCUGCCGUUCUCUGUCAAAGCCAUAGCUGAGGGACAAGUAUCGCUAGCCCGUCUAAAAAAACUGCUGAUGACUCAGAACCCAGAGUCGUACCUGGUCCAGAGACAUGGGUCCACCUCGGCCCUGGUCAUGGAGAAGGCAACAUUCACCUGGACCAGGCCUGAAGGACAGACAACCACUACGCUACCAGACACUACAGCCUCUCUGAAGAGACGGAAGGUGGAACCACCGGGCCAGAACGGGACUCACACACCGGGCCAGAACGGGACUCACACACCGGGCCAGAACGAGGCCAAGCCCACCCUGAGAAACAUCUCCUUUAACCUGCCUAAGGGAAACCUGCUUGGUAUCUGUGGCAAUGUGGGAAGCGGGAAGACAUCGCUGAUAUCGAGCAUCUUAGAACAGAUGCACCUGCAGCAUGGUUCAGUCACAGCAGACGGAGCGUUUGCCUACGUUUCCCAGCAGGCCUGGAUCUUCCACGGUACAGUCCAAGAUAAUAUCUUGAUGGGGGAACCCUUCAACCAGACCAGGUAUGACAAAGUCAUCAGUGCCUGUAGCCUGAUAGCAGAUCUGGCUAUUCUUCCCUAUGGGGACCAAACUGAGAUAGGUGAGCGAGGCCUGAACCUGUCUGGUGGUCAGAAGCAGAGGGUCAGCCUGGCCAGAGCCGUCUACUCCAACAAAGACAUCAUCCUGCUGGACGACCCUCUGUCUGCGGUGGACGCCCACGUAGGGAAACACAUCUUCGAGGAGUGUAUCAAAAAGACCCUGAAGGGGAAGAGUAUUGUCCUCGUCACUCAUCAACUACAGUAUCUGGAGUUCUGUGACGAGGUACUGGUGUUGGAGAGUGGAAAGGUGAAGGAGGCAGGGACACACAAAGCUCUGAUGAAAGCAAAAGGCCGAUACGCACAGAUGAUCAACAACUUCCAGAUGGAGAGUUCACAGGAACGAACUGCGGAGAAGAAGCCGACGCAACCAGACGCCCCGGACACGAAGGAGAAGGACCUGGAUGAACACAAGGGAACAGGGAUCGAAAAUCCAGCUUUUGACAUGUCCGAUGAGAAUCCAGACGAGUCGGGAGGAAGUCAAUCGGUAUCACAUGACGUCAACGUGUCUAAGGACCAGCUGGUGACUCAGGAGGGUUCUCAGGAGGGUUCUGUUACCUGGAGGACCUACCACCAGUACUGUAAGGCUACAGGAGGGUACAUGCUGCUGUCUCUCAUCAUCAUCGCCUUCAUCUGCUUGGUGGGGACCACUGCCUUCAGUAACUGGUGGCUGAGCUACUGGCUGGAGCAGGGAUCAGGGACAGCGAACGUGUCGAAUUCCACCGCAGGGAACAUCUCCCUGAACCCUGACCUGAGCUUCUACCAGAUGGUUUACGGCCUGGUGGUGGUGGCCAUGCUGGUCUUCAGCUUUAUCAAGGGCUACUCUUUCACCAAAGUUACGCUGCACGCGUCCUCCAAGCUACACGACACCAUGUUCAGAAACAUCCUGAACAGCCCCAUGAGUUUCUUUGACACCACCCCAACGGGACGAAUUGUGAACCGUUUUUCCAAGGACCAGGAUGAGGUGGAUACCAUGCUGCCCUUCAACAUGGAGAACUUUCUACAGUUCUGCCUGAUGGUCACCUACACCAUUAUCACCAUCUCAGCCGUGUUCCCUCCCCUGCUCAUCGCCAUCACGCUGCUGGGGGCCAUCUUCACCCUCAUACUCUAUAUAUUCCAGAGGAGCAUCAGAGAGAUGAAGAGGAUGGAGAAUGUGAGUCGUUCCCCCUGGAUCUCUCUGACCACCUCUACCAUCCAGGGCCUCGGUACCAUCCACGCCUACGACAAGAGAGAGCAGUACAUCCAGCAAUUUAAGGAGAUGAGCGACAUCAACUCCAACCACUUCCUAUUGUUUAACUGUGGGACACGCUGGCUGUCCUUCUGGCUGGACUUCCUGUCUGCCUCAGUCACUCUGAUGGUGGCUCUGUUCGUUGUGCUCAGUUCUCCUGAUAUCAUCAGCCCUGCUAUGAAGGGCCUGGCGCUGUCAUACACCAUACAGUUGACAGGAAUGCUCCAGUACGUAGUAAGACUUUCUACAGAGCUGGAGGCCAAGUUCCUGUCAGUGGAGAGACUACAGGAAUACAUCGAGGGUUGUGUGUCUGAGGCACCCAGGAGGGUUAAAGACGCCCUCAUCCCAGAAGGUUGGCCUCAUAAAGGGGCCAUCUCCUUUAAGGACUACACGAUGAGGUACAGAGCCAACACCCCCAUCGUGCUCGACGGACUACAGCUCAACAUCCAGCCCAGGGAGAAGCUUGGCAUCGUGGGGAGAACAGGCUCCGGGAAGUCUUCUUUAGGGGUAGCCCUGUUCCGUCUGGUGGAACCAGCUGCAGGGACUAUCUUCAUAGAUGGGGUGGACACCAGCGCUAUCGGCCUGCAGGACCUCCGCAGUAAACUAUCAGUCAUCCCCCAGGACCCCGUCCUGUUCAGCGGUACCGUCAGGUAUAAUCUGGAUCCUUUCAACAGCUAUAGCGAUGAGGACAUCUGGUCUGCUCUGGAGAAGACCUGCAUGAAACACACAAUCUCCAGUCUCCCUGAGAAGCUGCAGUCUGAGGUAGUGGAGAACGGGGAGAACUUCUCUGUCGGAGAGAGACAGCUGAUGUGUAUGGCCAGAGCACUGUUACGAAACUCCAAGAUCAUCUUGUUGGACGAAGCGACAGCGUCGAUCGACUCGGAGACAGACUCUCUCAUCCAGCACACCAUCAGAGACGUGUUCCAGGACUGUACCAUGCUUACAAUUGCUCACCGCAUUAUCACUGUCCUGGAGUCAGAUCGUAUACUGGUCAUGGACGCCGGAAAGGCGGUUGAGUUUGACAGUCCAGAGGUCCUGAUGCAGAGACCAGAUUCUCAGUUUGCAGCUCUCCUGGCUGCAGCCAACACCGUCAGCACAUGAGCCUGGCCCAGGUCUGGACACCCCUCCAUCUGUAGUCUGGACACCCCUCCAUCUGCAGUCUGGACACCCCUCCAUCUGCAGUCUGGACACCCUCCAUCUGCAGUCUGGACACCCCUCCAUCUGCAGUCUGGACACCCCUCCAUCUGCAGUCUGGACACCCCUCCAUCUGCAGUCUGGACACCCCUCCAUCUGCAGUCUGGACACCCCUCCAUCUGCAGUCUGGACACACCUCCAUCUGCAGUCUGGACACACCUCCAUCUGCAGUCUGGACACACCUCCAUCUGCAGUCUGGACACCCCUCUAUCUGCAGUCUGGACACCCCUCUAUCUGCAGUCUGGACACCCCUCUAUCUGCAGUCUGGACACCCCUCUAUCUGCAGUCUGGACACCCCUCUAUCUGCAGUCUGGACACACCUCCAUCUGCAGUCUGGACACCCCUCCUGUCCUUAAUUGUCGGACCCCCCCCACCUGUCCUUAAUUGUCGGACCCCCCCACCCCUACCUGUCCUUAAUUGUCGGACCCCCCCUUACCUGUCCUUAAUUGUCGGAACCCCACCUACCUGUCCUUAAUUGUCGGACCCCUCCACCUCUACCUGUCCUUAAUUGUCGGACCCUCCCCCCUUACCUGUCCUUAAUUGUCGGACCCUCCCCCUUCACCUGUCCUUAAUUGUCGGACCCCCCACCCAACCUGUCCUUAAUUGUCAGACCCCCCACCCAUACCUGUCCUUAAUUGUCAGACCCCCCCACCCCUACCUGUCCUUACUUGUUGGACCCCCCAAUACCUGUCCUUAAUUGUCGUACCCCCCCACCCCUACCUGUCCUUAAUUGUCGGACCCCCCCACCGCUCAAUGCUUCCUCUGUUUUCCAUGGACACGCAUGAAUGUGCAUGUGCCUGCAUGCACCUUAUCCACACAAACAAAUGCAAACACACACACACACACACACACACACACACACACACACAGUGUGCAUGCACACACACACACAUACACACACACACACACACACACACACACAGGGAAUGGUCUGUCCUGAAGCCUAGGGCAACAUUGACUGAGGAGGCUGUAUCAGGCAGUAACACCUUUAUGAAGUGAGAAAACAGCAGUAACACCUUUAUGAAGUGACAAAACAGCGGUAACACCUUUAUGAAGUGACAAAACUGCAGUAACACCUUUAUGAAGUGACAAAACAGCAGUAACACCAUUAUGAAGUGACAAAACAGCAGUAACACCUUUAUGAAGUGACAAAACAGCAGUAACACCUUUAUGAAGUGACAAAACAGCAGUAACACCUUUAUGAAGUGACAAAACAGCAGUAACACCUUUAUGAAGUGACAAAACAGCAGUAACACCAUUAUGAAGUGACAAAACAGCAGUAACACCUUUAUGAAGUGACAAAACAGCAGUAACACCAUUAUGAAAUGACAAAACAGCAGUAACACCUUUAUGAAGUGACAAAACAGCAGUAACACCAUUAUGAAAUGACAAAACAGCAGUAACACCAUUAUGAAGUGACAAAACAGCAGUAACACCAUUAUGAAAUGACAAAACAGCAGUAACACCAUUAUGAAGUGACAAAACAGCAGUAACACCAUUAUGAAGUGACAAAACAGCAGUAACACCUUUAUGAAAUGACAAAACAGCAGUAACACCAUUAUGAAAUGACAAAACAGCAGUAACACCUUUAUGAAAUGACAAAACAGCAGUAACACCAUUAUGAAGUGACAAAACAGCAGUAACACCAUUAUGAAGUGACAAAACAGCAGUAACACCAUUAUGAAAUGACAAAACAGCAGUAACACCAUUAUGAAGUGACAAAACAGCAGUAACACCUUUAUGAAAUGACAAAACAGCAGUAACACCAUUAUGAAGUGACAAAACAGCAGUAACACCUUUAUGAAAUGACAAAACAGCAGUAACACCAUUAUGAAGUGACAAAACAGCAGUAACACCAUUAUGAAGUGACAAAACAGCAGUAACACCAUUAUGAAUUGACAAAACAGCAGUAACACCAUUAUGAAGUGACAAAACAGCAGUAACACCAUUAUGAAAUGACAAAACAGCAGUAACACCAUUAUGAAGUGACAAAACAGCAGUAACACCAUUAUGAAGUGACAAAACAGCAGUAACACCAUUACGAAGUGACAAAACAGCAGUAACACCAUUAUGAAUUGACAAAACAGCAGUAACACCAUUACGAAGUGACAAAACAGCAGUAACACCUUUAUGAAGUGACAAAACAGCAGUAACACCUUCAUGAAGUGACAAAACAGCAGUAACACCAUUAUGAAGUGACAAAACAGCAGUAACACCAUUAUGAAGUGACAAAACAGCAGUAACACCUUUAUGAAGUGACAAAACAGCAGUAACACCUUUAUGAAGUGACAAAACAGCAGUAACACCUUUAUGAAGUGACAAAACAGCAGUAACACCAUUAUGAAGUGACAAAACAGCAGUAACCUUUAUAUGAUUCACAGCACUUUGUAUUUUAUAUGAUUCACAGCACUGUAUUUUAUAUGAUUCACAGCACUGUCUUUUAUAUGAUUCCCAGCACUGUCUUUUAUAUGAUUCCCAGAACUGUCUUUUAUAUGAUUCCCAGCACUGUCUUUUAUAUGAUUCCCAGAACUGUCUUUUAUAUGAUUCCCAGCACUGUCUUUUAUAUGAUUCCCAGCACUGUCUUUUAUAUGAUUCCCAGCACUGUCUUUUAUAUGAUUCCCAGAACUGUCUUUUAUAUGAUUCACAGCAGUGUAAACAGGCAGUAAAGAGGAUUUAUUUUUGAUAAUCCUAUGUGAAUGUUAGCCUGGGUACCCAGACCUGUUUGUGCUGUCAUUCCACUCCUUGCCACUCUUUGUCAAAUCCCAAUGAGUGGCAAGGAUACGGAAUAACAGCACAAAUAGGUCUGGGUACCCAGGCUAGGUAAAGCUAAUGUCACAGUGAAAUCUCAUUCUCAUGUCUAGACGCCCAGAUUCCUGCAGAACUAAUCAUUCCUGUUAUUGUUGUUAUUAUACAUGCUACGUGGUUUCAUCUCCUAAUAUUUAUUUUAAAGUGUAUAUUUAUUUAUUUAUUUUGUCUCUGAAUUUAACGUUUACGUUGAAAGUGUCAAAGAUAAAAUAGUGAACGCGGUAGACAUGGAACAAAACAUAAACCGUCUGUACAGAUCUAUAACUGGAUGGAUGGUUUAAAUUACAAUUAUUAAAUUACAUUUAUUAAAUUAAAUGUAUUAAAUUACAUGUAUUAAAUUACAUUUAUUAAAUUAAAUGUAUUAAAUUACAUGUAUUAAAUUACAUUUAUUAAAUUACUGGAUGGAUGGUUUAAAUUACAUUUAUAAAUUACAUUUAUUAAAUUACAUGUAUUAAAUUACAUUUAUUAAAUUACAUUUAUUAAAUUACUGGAUGGAUGGUUUAAAUUACAUUUAUAAAUUACAUUUAUUAAAUUACAUUUAUAAAUUACAUUUAUUAAAUUACUGGAUGGAUGGUUUAAAUUACAUUUAUAAAUUACAUUUGUUAAAUUACAUUUAUUAAAUUAAAUGUAUUAAAUUACAUGUAUUAAAUUACAUUUAUUAAAUUACUGGAUGGAUGGUUUAAAUUACAUUUAUAAAUUACAUUUAUUAAAUUACAUGUAUUAAAUUACAUUUAUUAAAUUACAUUUAUUAAAUGACUGGAUGGAUGGUUUAAAUUACAUUUAUAAAUUACAUUUAUUAAAUUACAUUUAUAAAUUACAUUUAUUAAAUUACUGGAUGGAUGGUUUAAAUUACAUUUAUAAAUUACAUGUAUUAAAUUACAUUUAAUAAUGACAUUUAUUAAUUUACAUGUAUUAAUUUACAUGUAUUAAAUUACAUUUAUAAAUGACAUGUAUUAUAUCUCAUGGGGAUGAGUCUGAGAAUAUGUAACUCUUCCAUCUAAUACCCAUAGUGCUAUACAUUUGAUUGUUAUUUGAUUACAAUAUCCAAAAUACAUGUUAUAAUUCAGCUGUAUUACCUCAAUAAAGCACAACUCAAACUUG